AUGGCUCAAGCAGAGAGGAGCGCACUGAAGGCGCAGAUCAAGAGCCAACUCGAAACGCUUCGAGUUGUACUCCCAAGAGUACCAUUACUACUGAGAGUAGCAUUGCUGCAUAUUCUACAUCUCUCGGAUGCGGCGAAAUAUUUGGACUUGAGAAGUGAUUUGACAGUCGCUUUUCUAAGGCAUCUGUUGACGGAAUCCAAGCCGUCGCCCAUGUCAAAGUUGCAGGCUACAACUCUCAAGGACCCAGGUGUACAAGGCAGGAUAUGGGUCAGUACCGUCUCGUCAGGAAUCCCACCAGAGACGAGCAUCAGGGAUGCUGUAAUGGCAGCCGUUGACGGCACCAAAAAGGAUCUUGUCACGGCCGACGAGAAAUGCAGGGUCCCGGAACUUGUGUCGGUCGAGGCAGAGUGGAUGAGCUACCGAGCCGCAGCCACGUCGAAUGCGAAACCGCCAAACAUUUCCGAGCAAGACAAAUAUGUCGAAAUGAUGAAGGAGGUCAAGAGCAAGGUCACGGUCCUUCAUCUCCAUGGAGGCGCUUAUUACGUGUUGGAUCCAGCAUCGUAUCGCCCCUUGUGCAAGAAGCUAGCAAAGCUCACAAAAGGCCGUAUCUACUCGGUACGAUAUAGACUUGCACCACAGCAUCCAUUCCCGUCUGCGAUACUCGAUGCACUGGUCUCCUACUUUACAUUGUUAUACCCUCCGCCAGGAGCAGUGCACCAACCCGUUCCCGCUUCCGAUAUUGUGAUUAGUGGUGACAGCGCCGGGGGCGGUCUCAGCUUGGCCCUCUUGCAGACAAUACUCGAGAUUCGGAGACAGGGCAUCAAGAUUACCUGGCAUGGGCGAGAGAGAGAAGUACCGCUGCCGGCAGGCCUAGCUCUAAUGUCUCCCUGGCUAGAUGCAGUACAAAGUCUUCCAUCCUGGAUCACAAAUGUCAAAUGGGACUACCUGCCACCACCCAACCUCCUUUCUCUCAAUGUACCAGCCGACUCCAUCUGGCCAACUUCGCCGCCCAGAAGGCACAUCUAUAUGGAUGACGCCUACCUGCUGCACCCGUUGGCCAACUUGCAACUAGCAGACUCAUGGGAGAGCUCGCCGCCAAUCUACAUUUGUACCGGCUGGGAGUGUCUGACGGAUGAGGACAGAUAUCUGGUAUCGAAGCUGACCAAGGACGGCGUCACGGUGGUAUAUGAAGAGUACGAAGCCAUGCCUCACGUUUUCCCCUUCCUGCUGGGGCAAAUUCCCGGAUCAAGAAAGUGUCUCGAUGCAAUGGCCAAGUUUAUGGCGGCAGCGGUUGAAGAAUAUACAAACGUGGCAUCAAAGUACACUCUGAUCAAAGCAAAGACAUGCCAGGAAUCAGAUCUGGACAUCAAGACACUCAGCCCUUUCACGAUUGAGGAACUCAAGAAGCUCGCCUUGGAAGCGAUUGAAGAGAAGCCGGAACCGUCGAAAAUGGGACUCAAACUAUGA